UCAAAAUCCAAAACAUUGAGUGACGUUUACAAAUUCUUAGUUGGUGUUAUUAAUUUUGCGAAAAAUUCGCCACGCAGCAUGGGAGAUGCAUCAGCUUCGGACACCGAGUCCAAUAAACCUAGUCCUAUCAACGAACCAUAUUUAGAACUGCAGGAGCGGCGUCCCUUCGGUGGGCUCGAGUUUCAAGUAUCUGAAGUAGUAGAAAGGCUCGAAGCCGGGGUUAAUGCACAGGAUGCUGCCGAUGACGAGAAAAAGCGUGAACCGCGUAAAAUCAGUACCGGCUUUUUUGAACCCGAAGAAACACCAAUGGAUGAAAUUCUGAAAAUUUUAGAGGAACUAGUGAUCAAGACCGACCCUAGUUGUGAGAGCUUAGAGCCUCCGCUGUUGCCGACGGAUGCGGUGACUCGUGCGGCCAUUCUUUCUCAUAGUAUUUCAGCAUUAUUUGGUCGCUUAGAAAGAAGUCACGCAGCGCGCCUCGGUGCUCACAUAGCAAGCGAAACGACUCGAUGGAUGGCUCACAUGUUUAGGCUAUCAGACUACAAUGCAUAUUAUCAUCAAGAACAGCUUGAAGGUCUUGUGCGGGUCACAAGGAUGCUGCUCCAUCACAGAUACCCUAGAUAUUUAGAAGAUGGAGCGUUGGCGUUUGCAAAUCGUCUACCCUGCAUAUACAGUUGCGUUGCGAGUCCGCUGGGGAUCGUUCAGCAUCUCUGCAGACAGCUGGGCUUACCGCUGGCUUGUGUUAGGCCAGUUCCAGUAAAUCCUUCAGGUCGAGGAAUGGACAUAGACGCGUUAGAGAGGCUAUGUGACGAGGACGUCGCCGCCAAUCGCACCCCGCUGCUGGUGCUGGGAGAAGUAGGAGCUCCGCCCCUUGGUUGGGGCACUCCGCUGUACACCCUUGGUGAAAUCUGCGCUAGAAGAAACCUGCACCUACACGUCAGAGGGCACGCGUUAGCCUUACCUGGUGCCAGCCUGAAAGAGCAGACUUACAGUAUACCGGACUCGUUGACGCUGACUCCAGGACCGUGGUUCGGCGUGCCGGGCCUGCCUACUGUCACGUUUUACAAAAUUCCAGAAUCGGUAACAGCCAACGAUCAAUCUAAGGGUGUUAACGCGGCGGGUUCCCGGGAAGGCGCGGUGGCGGCCCUGUCGGGUCUGUGCGCGGCGGGGCGUGCGGCGGCGCUGCCGCUGUGGGUGAUGGCCCGCGCGGCCGGCGCCCCCGCCCUGCACGCCGCGCUGCGGGCCGCCUUCCGCGCCGCGCGCACCGCCUACACGCUGGUCGCCGCCGCCGGCCUCACCGUGCUGAGCGAGCGUCCAGGCGGCGACGAACCACCGAACAUAGACAUAGUUGAGGCAGUUAGUCAAGCGUCGGCAUGCGUCGCCUUCCAGUUCGCUCCGCCGGGCGCGGAGAGGCCGCCGCCCUACUACGACAAGCUGAACUCCUGGCUGGGGCAGGUUCUGCAGAGGGAGGCCGACAUGAUAAGUAUAGAGGUUUGCGAGACCGAGUCCCACGGCGUCGUCCUGCGCUACUGUCCGCUCGAGGGCUCUAUCCUGGAGGAAGACAAGAUAGAGAGCUGGUCCAGCAUCCUGGAGGCGCAAGUUCACGUCCUACACGCGACCGUGGCCCUCAGGGAACCCUUCCAGCAGAGAGUCGAACAGAACCCUUGCUUGAGGCUGGUCCACGUGCCGGGCUGGGCGGGUCUCGGCGGCGUCCGCUACGUCCCCCCGGGCUGGGAGGAGGCGCCCCUCGAGCAGCUCAACUCCCUGAACCGGCAGCUGGUGGAAACCCUCAGGGUCACGGACGGAGCCUUCUCGUGCGGCGACGGCGACGACCAAAUGGCUUGCGUCAGGUUCGGCAUGGUGACCGCUGACACGGAUGUGGACGAGCUGUUGGAUCUGGUGGUGGCGGCCGGCAGGGAAGUCGAGGAGAGCUCCAAGGCCCUCACCGAUAUGUCGGAAGUCUUGAAGAAAGGCAUAGAGGCGGCGCAGGCGGACAUCGAGCGCGAGAGCCUGGAGCGGCUCCUGGAGCGGCUGUGGCAGGAGGGGCUGCUGCGGCGCGUGCCGGUGGUGGGCCGCGUGGUGUCCUGGUGGGCGCCCUCCGCCGCGCCGCCCGUGGGCCGCCGUCUGCACCUCGCCAGCGGCACGCUGCAGCCCACCGACGACAUCUACAGAGACUUUGAACUGAACUACCGAGGAGACGUGUGGGGUAACAACGGCCCCGGGGUCAUCACGAGGGUGCUGAAAGACAUUUGUUCAACAACGUCCGUCACUGAAAUGGCGGCCGAAAAAUGUCAAGGAUUCGAAGUCUUCAGUCCAAAACUCUUUUACCCGAUAAGCUGGAUGGACGCAGAAGAUUACUUCAAAGCGACACAACCAAACGUAGAUGACCCAUACGUCUACCACGUUUGGAACAAGCUCACGCAUAAUAUGGUGGUCGGGAAGAACGCUUUCUAUUCUCGACUUGCCGCCAAAUACUGCCCAUCGAUAUACAAACUCUACGGGGAUUCGUUCGGGCUAUAGCCUUCCUAAAAUUAGGAAUUGACAUUUGAUUAUUGAGGAAGUUUUAAAACAAAGACAUUAAGCGUCUCAAUAUGGCUUUCAUCUCAUUAAGCUCGGACGAAAGCCGUUUGUGAUCAUAAAGUAAGUGGAAUGUUCAAUUUAUUAUGAAACAAACCCGAUUUUGGAUCGUUUUUUUUUUUUAAAUCCUAAGGACGACGAGUAUUUAAUUGAAAACUCAAAAAGUUUCCUAAACAUUACAUGACAUGUUACGGAAUUAACUGUAAUUCUUUACUGAUUAAAAGAAACUAUACGAUUCUUUUUUUGAUAAUUUGUGUUUUUUUUAAAUUAUAUUUAAAUACGGACUACAUAUUGAUAAAAUUAU